GUACAUGUUCUUCUCAGAUUGGGAGGCACUGAAUGGACAGCCAGGCUUGGAGCGGGCUUUCAUGGACGGCACAAACCGUUAUGGGAUCGUUUGGAGUAAACUGGGUUCGCCAGCUGGUCUUACACUGGACAUCGAGGCCAAGCGCAUCUACUGGGUUGACAGUCGCUAUGACUACAUCGAAACAGCAACAUAUGACGGCCUCCACAGAAAAACAGUGGUCCAUGGAGGUGCUGUAAUCCCACACCCAUAUGGCAUCAGUCUCUUCGAGCACAGUGUCUUUUUCACGGACUGGACCAAGAUGGCUGUGAUGAAAGCCAACAAGUUCAACGACAGCAGUCCUCAGGUGGUUUACAGUACCGCUCAGUUUCCACAUGGAGUAGCAGUUAUACAUCAGCUGAAACAGCCUCAAGUGCCAAACCCUUGCAGUGUAGACAGAGGUGGUUGUGAGCAGAUCUGUGUUCUGAGUCACAGGAGUGACAAUGGAGGACUGGGUUACAGGUGCAAAUGUCGCAUGGGCUAUGACCUCCAUGCUGAUGGAAAGCGUUGUUUGGCUGUGAGGCAGUUUCUGCUGUUCUCCAGUCAGCUCGCUGUGAGAGGGAUCCCCUUUAACCUCUCCACCCAGGAAGACGUCAUCCUGCCCGUCACUGGAUCACCUUCCUACUUUGUUGGGGUGGAUUUUAGUGCUGAAGACGAUGCCAUCUUCUUCUCAGAUACAGUCAAAGAUAUCAUCUACAAACAGAAAGUGAAUGGGACAGGCAGGGAGGUACUGGCAGCCAAUAGAGUGGAAGGUGUGGAGGACCUGGCUUAUGACUGGAUUUCAAAAAACCUCUACUGGACUGACCCGCGAUACCGGAGCAUAUCUGUCAUGAAGCUGGCUGAUAAGUCGAGGAGAGCCAUCGUACAGAACCUCAACAACCCCAGGGCCAUCGUGGUGCAUCCUCUUCUUGGGUAUAUUUUCUGGACUGACUGGUACCGGCCAGCGAAGAUUAUGAGGGCAUGGGGUGACGGGUCACAUGCCAUGUCUAUUGUAAACACCACUCUUGGCUGGCCAAAUGGCCUAGCUAUCGACUGGAGCUCAGCGCGUCUGUACUGGGUGGAUGCCUUCUUUGACAGGAUAGAGCACAGCAGUUUUGAUGGAACAAACAGACUGUCAUUGGAUCGCAUUACCCAGAUCUCCCAUCCAUUUGGUCUCACCAUUUUUGAAGGCUAUGCAUAUUUCACCGACUGGCGCCUGGGUGGCAUUGUACGUGUGCGCAAGACCGAUGGUGGGGAGAUGGUCGUUAUCAGAAGAGGAAUCAGCCACAUUAUGCAUGUCAAAUCUUUCAACUCCAACUCUCAGAUUGGUUCCAACUUCUGCAACAGGCAGACAAAUCCUAAUGGAGACUGCAGCCACUUCUGCUUCCCAGCCCCAUACUCUCUGCGGGUGUGUGGUUGCCCAUAUGGCAUGAAGCUGUCGCCCAAUCAACAGACAUGUGUUGAGGACUCUUCUAGCGAGCCUCCAAUACUGCAGUGUGGAGCCAACUCUUUCUCCUGUGGCAACGGCAAAUGUGUCCCAAACAGCUACAGAUGCGAUGGUGUUGAUGACUGCCAUGACAACAGUGACGAACUCAACUGCGGAAUCAACAACAACACUUGCUCCCCCAUUGCAUUCACAUGUGCCAAUCAGCGCUGUGUGCCUGCUGGGUGGCGCUGUGAUGGGUACAAUGACUGUUUUGAUAACAGUGAUGAGAACAACUGCCCUACACACAUACCUAGAACAUGUCUUGCCAAUCAGUUCACCUGUACCAACCAUCGCUGCAUCCCAAAUACUUGGCGUUGUGACACUGAUAAUGACUGUGGUGACGGUUCCGAUGAAGCUGACUGUCAUCUUGGGAGCACUUGUUAUCCUGGACAGUUCCAGUGUCCAGACCACCGCUGCAUAGAUCCCAGCUUUGUCUGUGAUGGGGACAGGGACUGUGUGGAUGGGGCAGAUGAGCAGGGAUGCAUCUACAACUGCACUGUGAAUGAGUUCAAGUGCUCCAGUGGUCACCAGUGUAUCAACUCCUACUACCGAUGUGAUGGAGUCUUUGAUUGCAGCGAUCGCUCAGAUGAGCAAAACUGUCCUACCAGGCCUCCAGGGAUGUGCCACCAUGAGAGUGAGUUCCAGUGCCAGUCAGACGGGAGCUGUGUCCCUUCUACCUGGGAGUGUGAUGGUCAUCCAGACUGUGAGGACGGAAGCGAUGAACACCACGCCUGCCCACCUCGCACCUGCCCUUCCAUACUCUUCCGCUGCGACAAUGGCAACUGCGUGCUACAUAGUUGGAUUUGCGAUGGGGACAAUGACUGCAGGGAUAUGAGCGAUGAACGAGACUGUCCCACGCCGCCUUUCAGAUGUCCAAGCUGGCAGUGGCAGUGCCCGGGCCACAGUGUUUGCAUCAACCUCACCAUAGUGUGUGACAACACUCCUGACUGCCCUAACGGUGCAGAUGAGUCCCCUAUUUGUAAUGAGGCUUUGCCAGAUCAGGAAAGCUGUUCUGACAACAAUGCUGGCUGCACCCACGGUUGUAUCCAAGGGCCAUUUGGGGCCCAGUGCACGUGCCCUGUGGGUUAUCAACUGAGCAAUGACUCUAAAACCUGUCAGGAUAUAGAUGAGUGUAAUCCCCCUGGACUUUGUAGCCAGCACUGCUUUAAUGAGAGAGGUUCUUUCCGCUGCCACUGCCAGGACGGUUAUACUCUAGAAGCAGACCAACGAACCUGCAAGGCCUCAGAUUCCCGUCAGGCCUUCCUUCUCGUGGCCAGUCGAAAUCAGAUCAUUCAAGAUGACAUAACCACUCAGCCCAACGUCGUCCGCUCACUGGUUAGAGAUGGACGCAACAUUGUGGCCCUAGACUUUGACUCGGUUGAGGACCGUGUUUACUGGUCUGAUACCAGCCAGGACAGAAUCUGGAGUGCUCACACAGAUGGCAGUGACAGAACUGUGAUAUUUGACAGUGGAGUGACUGUGACAGAGAGCCUUGCUGUAGACUGGGUGGGCAGGAACCUUUACUGGACUGACUAUGUCUUGGAGACAAUUGAAGUUUCUAAGCUGGAUGGCACCCAUCGGACUGUAUUAAUUAGCGAAAACGUCACUAAUCCUCGGGGCCUGGUGCUGGACCCAAGGGACAGUUCUCACCUGAUGUUCUGGACUGACUGGGGGAGGAACCCCCGCAUUGAAAGGGCCAGCAUGGAUGGAAAAUUGAGGACCGUUAUCAUAAGCAAGAAACUGUACUGGCCCAAUGGUCUAACCAUAGACUAUCCAAACAACCUGUUAUACUUUGCUGACGCCUACUUGGAUUUCAUUGACUACUGCGAUUAUAACGGCAACAACAGGAAGCAAGUUCUUGCCAGUGACCUGGUACUGCAACAUCCCCACGCAAUUACCAUUUUUGAGGAUUUUGUGUAUUGGACCGACAGAUAUAUCAAUCGUGUGAUGCGAGCCCAUAAGUGGCAUGGGGAGAACCAAACAGUGAUGCUGUUCAACCUCCCUCAGCCAAUGGGUCUGGUGGCAGUACACCCAGCCAGGCAGCCAGCAGGUGAAAAUCUCUGUCUAAGGAGCCCCUGCACUCACAUCUGCUUGCUCUCUGCGGUGGGGCCGAGGUAUUACUCGUGCGCCUGCCCCUCAGGCUGGACACUGGCAGCAGACCAAAUCACCUGCACCAGAGUUGAGGAUCCCUUCCUGGUGGUUGUGAGAGACAGCAUCAUCUAUGGAAUUUCCUUGAACCCAGAUGACAAGAGCAAUGACGCGAUGGUCCCUGUAGCUGGGCUUCAGAAUGGCUAUGAUGUGGACUUUGACGACAGUGAACAGACCAUCUACUGGGUGGAGCACCCGGGUGAGAUCCACAGGGUAAAAUCAGAUGGUACUAACAGGACAGAGUUUGCCCCUGCAGCCAUCCUGGGCUCACCUGUCGGCCUGGCCUUGGACUGGUUAUCAGAGAACCUGUACUACACCAACCCAGCUACACAGUCUAUUGAGGUUUUGAAGUUGAGAGGGGAGUGGCAGUACAGGAAAACUCUAAUCACAAAUAACGGCUCUCCAACUGGCGCUGGAAUUCCUAUUGGCAUCGCCGUGGAUCCAGCACGUGGCAAACUGUACUGGACAGAUAUGGGGACAGAGAGUGGAAUUUCUGCCAAGGUGGCAUCAGCAGACAUGGAUGGUCAAAACCCUGUCGUCCUUUUCACCAACAACUUAGAUCACGUUGAGUUCCUCACUGUUGACAUCCAAGAGAACAAGCUGUACUGGGGUGUCACAAGCACUGGCAUGAUUGAGCGCGGUGAUCCAGACGGGACUAACCGUAUCACCAUAGUGACAGGCCUGUCUCACCCCUGGGGUGUUGCGGUCUAUGAAAACUACCUCUACUUCACUGAUCGCGACUUUGAGGUCAUAGAGCGUGUGGACAAGUCCACCGGUGCCAACAAAGUUGUGCUGCGUGACAACGUUUCUGGCCUCAGAGUUCUGAAAGUGCAUUACAGAGACGCUUCUGCAGGCUCAUCCAACGGCUGCACCAACAAUGUGGGCGUGUGUGAGCAACUGUGCUUGCCACGGCCACAGGGUCUGUUUACUUGUGCGUGCGCCACAGGUUUUAAACUUGGUGCUGACAACAUGACCUGCACCCCCUACCAGUCCUAUGUCAUCAUAUCCACUCUGUCUGCAAUCAAAGGCUUCAGUCUGGAGGGGGCAGAUCACUCUGAGGCCAUGGUGCCGGUGGCUGGGAGAGGCCGUAAUGCUUUACAUAUUGACGUACACAUGGCUUCUGGUUUCAUCUACUGGUGUGACUUCAGCAGCACUGUGGCGAUACAGAACGGGGUCAGACGGAUCAAGCCAGAUGGCUCAGGAUUACGUAGCAUAGUGACAUCUGGAAUAGGACGUAACGGCAUACGAGGCAUUGCUGUCGACUGGGCUGCAGGGAACUUGUAUUUCACCAAUGCUUUCCUGACCGAGACGUAUGUGGAGGUGCUCCGCCUGAACACCACUUUCCGCAGGGUGCUCCUGAAGACCCAGGUGGACAUGCCACGCCAUAUCAUCGUGGAUCCCAGAAACAGAUACUUGUUCUGGGCUGAUUAUGGCCAGAACCCCAAAAUUGAGCGAGCAUUCUUGGAUGGGACCAAUCGCACAAUUUUAGUUUCCUCAGGCAUACUCACUCCACGAGGUCUCGCUCUGGAUGGGCAAACUGGCUAUGUCUACUGGGUGGAUGACUCCCUGGAUAUGAUUGCUCGAGUAAACAAUCAAGGAGGGGAGACAGAGAUUGUGAGGUAUGGCAGCCGCUAUCCGACUCCUUAUGGGAUCACAGUGUUUGAGAACAGCAUCAUUUGGGUGGACAGAAACCUGAAGAAGGUGUUUCAAGCGAGCAAAGAGCCCGGUAGCACAGAGCAGCCUGCUGUGAUUAGAGACAACAUCAACAUGCUGAGAGACGUUUCCAUCUUUGACCAGCGUAUUCAGCCAAUCACUCCUCAGGAGCUUAACCACAACCCCUGCAUUGAGGCCAAUGGAGGCUGUGCCCACUUCUGCUUCGCCCUGCCGGAUUAUAGCAUGGGCAACCAAUACAAGAAAUGCGGCUGCGCUUUUGGGAAUCUUGCAGCAGAUAACGAGAGCUGCGUGGUGUCAAGGGACGAUUAUCUCAUCUACACAACUGAGAGCACUGUGCGCAGCCUGCGCCUUGAUCCUGAAGACCAUUCCUUGCCCUUCCCUGUGGUCAACGUUCCUCGCACCUCCGUGGCGCUGGAUUUUGACCUCUCAGACAGCAGGGUCUACUUCACACAGAGCUCAGGCGCAGGAGCAAGCAAGAUCAGCUAUAUCAGCCUGUCCUCUCCCACCUCAGCCCCUGUAGUGGUGGCGUCAGAUCUUGGUGCACCUGAUGGCAUUGCUUUUGACUGGAUAAACAGAAGAAUUUACUACAGUGAUUAUGUUAACCAGAGCAUCAGCUCCAUGUCUGUGAACGGCUCUCAGAGGACUGUUAUUGCCCAUGUGUCUCGACCAAGAGCCAUCAUGUUGGAUCCUUGUAGGGGAUACAUGUAUUGGACAGACUGGGGAACCCAUGCAAAGAUUGAGCGUGCCACUUUAGGUGGAAACUUCAGAACAGAGGUUGUGAGCAGUAGUCUUGUGUGGCCUAAUGGACUCACCCUGGACUAUGAAGAAGAGAGGCUGUAUUGGGCGGAUGCCAGCUUACAGAAGAUUGAGCGUUCCUCUCUCACGGGGUCCAAUCGGGAGGUCAUCGUCAGCACCGCCAUCUACCCCUUUGCUAUGGCCAUGUUUGGCCAAUUCAUCUACUGGACUGACUGGAACACACGCAGCAUCUAUCGGGCCAACAAGCACGACGGUUCUGGUCAGCGGGUCAUGAUUCAGAGCCUUCCAUCUCGACCAAUGGACAUCCACAUUGUAGCCAGCAGGAAGCAGCAGCAGUGCGACAGCCCCUGCCAGCAGUUUAACGGAGGCUGCAGCCAUAUCUGUACACCAGGACCUAACGGAGCUGAGUGUCAGUGUCCAUCAGAGGGUCGCUGGUACCUGGCCGACGACAAGCGCUGUAUCCCUGAUAACGGGACUCGGUGCCAGCCAGGACAGUUUACCUGCAACAAUGGCCGCUGUAUUUAUGCCCAGUGGAAAUGUGACAAUGACAACGACUGUGGAGAUGGCAGCGAUGAGUUAGAGAGAGUCUGUGCCUUCCACACAUGUGAGCCCACUGUGUUUACCUGUGGCAAUGGGCGCUGUGUGCCCUACCACUACCGCUGUGACCACUAUGACGACUGUGGAGACAACAGUGACGAAGUGGGCUGUCUUUUCCAACCUUGUGACCCCAACACGGAGUUCGCGUGCAACAAUGGCCGCUGCAUCGCAAAGGACUAUGUCUGCAAUGGCAUCAACAACUGUUACGACAACGGCACCUCUGAUGAACAAAACUGCCCGGAGAGAACCUGCCAACCAGAACACACAAAAUGUCAGUCUACUAACAUCUGCAUCCCACGAUCAUACCUGUGUGAUGGAGACAACGACUGUGGGGAUAUGAGUGAUGAGAGCCCUACACAUUGUGCAACAUCCACAUGUUCCCAGAGUGAGUUCCGUUGCUCCAGCGGUCGCUGCAUCCCCGCCCACUGGCACUGUGAUGGAGGGGCGGACUGUGCCGACGGCUCUGAUGAGCCUCUCUCCUGCACCACAUUGGACAGAACCUGCAACACAGACCAAUUCCGCUGUGAUGAUGGCAGGUGUAUUGCCUCAUCCUGGAUCUGUGACGGGGACAAUGACUGUGGUGACAUGAGCGAUGAAGAUGAGAGACAUAAUUGUGCCAAUCGCACAUGUUCAAGUUCAGAGUUCACCUGUGUGAACAACCAACCUCCUCAGCGGAAAUGUAUCCCACGUGACUGGUUGUGUGACGGAGACGCAGACUGUGCAGAUGCAUUAGAUGAGCAUCAAAACUGCUCACGCAGAUCCUGUGGCAUCAAUGAGUUCACCUGUAGCAAUGGCCUCUGCAUACGGAGUUCCUACAGGUGUGAUCGACGAAAUGACUGCGGAGACAGCAGCGACGAACAGAGCUGCACUCACCCGCCCUGCCAGCAGCACCAGUUCACCUGCCACAACGGCCGCUGCGUGCCCCACAUCUUCGUCUGCGAUGGGGACAAUGACUGCGGUGACGAGUCUGACGAGCUAGAGCACAUGUGCCAUACACCGGCACCGACCUGCCCUCCUGCAGAGUUCAGAUGUGAUAAUGGCCACUGUAUCCCCCUAAGCCAGAUAUGCGACAGGAAUGACGACUGCUCUGACAACAGUGAUGAGAAGGGAUGCG